AUAAGUGCAGCGUGCUCGUGAGAUUCAGCUUGCAGCUCUUCUCGCCGAUCGUCGCAUCAAGUGCAAAUACAUAAUACAUACGCAUAGAGAAGGUGCACGCGACUGACAGGACAGGUAGGCGGAGUGCUGCUAAAAAGGGUGCCUGCCGAGCUACCUGAUCUGGUAAAACGAGUCCUGAUGCUGAUAAGCUGCUUAAAUUCCACCUCAAUUAUACGGCACGCAUCGCCUACUUUUCUUCAUUGCACAGCGGCAAGUAAUAUUCAUUCAACAUCCUCUGAUAAUCGGACCCAUAGUGAGAGUGACGGGUCAUAAUUGUUUACGACGGCGGCGCACCACGACGGGACAUCACAUCACCAUCAUCAUCAUCUUCGCAGGAAAGAAGAUAAGCGCAUCCCGUCUUCUCGACCUCGACCAGGCUUUUAUGUGUUGUGCGCCUUGGAGGCAGCUUAUCAGGCAGGCAGGACGACGACGUUGAAGUGAGACAAAUAUUUUGGAAGAAUUCACCUACUACGAUUGCUGCGAGAGGUUCUUAUAAGUGCGCAAAAUAAUCUACCUUGGGUAGGGGCUGCGAAACGGGCUACUACGACGAAGGCGAUCGGUUGUUAUUGGUCAGUCGCGUAGAGGAGCUGAACGAGAGAACACCUAGCUGAAUGCAGGCAGAAGGAUUGUCGUGAUUGUGUAGUAAACUGGUUUAUCAACAGAGGUACCUCGAUUGCUUUGAUUGGCUACUGAUAAGCAGCUGAGCAUUCCCUAGUGCGAGCCCCCAGCAGAGGGAACAAAAAUCACAUUAUAGCGAGAGCAACGACGCGACGCAGAAAAAAAAGAAGCAACAGUUUUGUGACUGCACCACAUUCUACUCGAGCUGACGCAAUCUAGUAGCCAGACGACAACAACAGGUUCAAGUUGAGAGGCUGGACAUCUCAGAGGAAGGCAGCAGCAACGUGGUCGGCAACGAUUGCUAGGACCUAAUUGAUAUAUGUGUUCAAGCAGAAACGUAUUUAGUAAAUAAGCGGUGAGCUGUGAUAUUGUAGCUUGAAGCUGAUAAGGGUGUAGCACGGCGGAGCCGUUAUCGUUCACGAUCAUAAAGUCAUUCGCAUUUCGCACAGCUUUCCUGCAGAGAGUAGGGGCGGCAAAGAGUGGAAGAAGGUGAACGAAGCAGACGUGCGGGGGUGUGGCGCAAAAUCUUACUCCACAGUGUCGCGUGAUUUUGGCGAAUUCUACUACCUGCAAGGUCUACUCUACUCUUAUCAAGUGCCUAUCCGAGUGGCGACGGAAUUUUAGCUGAAGGGCGACAAUACUCCGCAGGUGGUGAUACAAGAUGCACGGGAAAGGCGAAGGCAGUGGGUUCAAGACCGGGCUGAUCGACUUCACAGCGGGAUCGUUGGGUGGCGUGGCCCUGGUCUACGUCAGCCAACCGAUGGACACGGUCAAGGUCAAAAUGCAAACCUUCCCGACGCUGUACAAAAACAUGUUCGACUGCACGAUGCGGACCUUCAAGCGGGACGGCGUCGUACGGGGGCUGUACGCCGGCACCAUUCCGGCCAUCGUGGCCAACGUGGCCGAAAACUCAGUAUUAUUCGCUGCCUACGGAGCGUGCCAAAAUCUGGUGGCUGCGGUCGCUCGGAAGCCAUCCGUCAGUGAACUGUCGGCCCUGGACAAUGCCACCGCUGGGUUCCUGGCCGCUUUCUUCUCAUCCUUCACGCUCUGCCCAACGGAACUGAUUAAAUGCAAACUGCAAGCUCUUCGCGAGGUGCAGCAAAACAAUCUCAAACCGGGCGAGAAAGUGCCGAAGGUCUCACCGUGGAAGCUAACGCGACAGAUCCUACGCACCGAGGGAAUCCCGGGCAUGUUCCGCGGACUGACGUCGACCUUCGCCCGCGAAAUGCCCGGAUAUUUCUUCUUCUUCGGAGGCUACGAGGCAUCGAGGGACCUGAUGGCGGAACCGGGACAAUCCAAGGACGACAUCGGACCUCUGAAGACGAUGGUGGCCGGAGCGGUCGGAGGGGUAGCCCUGUGGACGGCCAUCUUCCCGGCGGACGUGAUCAAGAGCCGGAUACAGGUGCAAAGUCUACGGCUCAGCAUGACCCAGGUGGGAGUGGAGAUCUUCCGCAAGGAGGGACUCAUGGCGUUCUACAACGGACUUCAGCCGACGAUCGUGCGGACGAUCCCGGCCACGGCGGUUCUUUUUGUCGUCUACGAGUACAGCAAAAAACUUAUGACGGAGCUGUUCGUCUAGGCGGUUGUUUUUUUUUUUUCAUCUACUUUAUUCCGAUUACUUUAUUAGGUAAUGCAUUUUUUUGUUUUAGUUCUCCAAAGUGGCCUUUAUACGGGUUAGAGUCGUAUGUAAGCAAUAAAGAAUCACGAUCUUUUUGUGUAAAUAUGCAUAAAA